AUGGGAUUCUUCGAGUCUGAGCUUCUCCCUUCCAUUUCCCUUCGUCCAUCGGUUUGGUUUAGGAAGCCUAUGCAUAGUGGUAUGUACAUACACUUCUUCUCAUACCAUCUUCUCCAUGUAAAGAGAGGUGUUGCCACCUCGCUUUUCCUCCGCAUCUGUGACCCCCAGUACCUGGAUGGAGAGAUCGACUUAAUGCGUCGUUCGUUUUCGAAACUGGGCUAUCCUCGUCAUGUUCUUGACGCCGCGUUAUCCAGGGCACGGCGUACCUUCUACCACGACUCCUCUCCUAAAGAGACUCCUCACCUGCCCGUCCUCAGCCUGCCCUACACUGAGAUCUAC